AUGCACUGCCGGAGGUUUGGUUCUCUGAAAGACCCAAGAGCAAAGAUAUCCAAGUUGCUGGCUGGGCUUAAAGAGUCUACUAGAGCAAGGGAUUUGGAAAGAGGGAAGAUAAUCCAUGCAGAAGCCGCUGGGACAGGAGAGGAGUUGAACACGUUCGUGGCUAGCUCGCUCAUCAAUAUGUAUGCCAAAUGUGGGAGCAUGGAGGAUGCUCGCAAGGUCUUUGAUAAGUCUUCUCCACAGGACGUGUUUCUAUGGACAGCGCUGUUGUCUGGGUAUGUUGACAGCGGGGAAGCCGAGAUAGCUCUGGGGUUGUUCUCGCGGAUGAAGGCAAGCAGGUGUGAACCGAGUGGCCAUACUUACGCUGCAGUUCUCAAGGCCUGCUCCAGCGUAGCUAGCAAAGAAGUUGGCAGUCAAGUCGAAGGAAGGGUCAUGAAGCUUGCUGCUUUGCGGCAAGGGAUGGGUGUUCAUUGCGAAGCUGCCAAGAGAGGCUGCGUUGAUAUGGUGGUGGCGAAUAUGUUGGUGGAUACGUAUGCAAGAUGUGGGAGCUUGUGGGACUCUCGAGGCGUUUUUGACCAGAUGCGAUAUCACGAUGUGGUGUCGUGGACGUCACUGGUCUGGGGUUAUUCACAACAUGAGGAGUUUGAAGUGGCCUUGGAACUCUUCUCGUGCAUGAUGACAACAAGGUGUGUACCGAAUGCUCGUUCUUUUGUGGUCGCGCUAAAGGCGUGCUCUGGUAUGGCAGUGAACAAAGACUCCAAGCAGGAAACGCUGGAAACAGGAAGAGCUAUUCACUCACACGCAACAAAGUUGCGAUUGGACUCCGAGGUAGCCGUGCGGAGCUGCUUAAUCGAGAUGUACUUUCAGUGUGGAAGCGUGGAGGAUGCUCGGAAAGUCUUCGAGAGUACUCAGAACCAUGACGUCGCGUCAUGGAACACAAUGCUGCUGGGAUAUGCUCGGGAUGGUGAGGAAGAAGCGGCUUUCCAGCUAUUCGAGCGGAUGAAGUCAACUGGCAUACAUCCAAACGCUCAGACGUAUUUGGCUGCACUCAGAGCCUGCACAAACGUGAUAGCAAGAGAAGAAGCGAAGCAGGGCGACUUGAAGGUGGUGGCUUUGGCGAAAGGCAUUGAGAUUCACUCGGGAGCCGAGAAGAAUGGACUCGUCUCAGACAAGCUGGUGGCAAGCAGUCUCAUCGACAUGUACGCGAAAUGCGGGGAGAUGAGGGAGGCUCGGCGUACUUUCGACCGUUUACAGCAGCGCGACGUGGUGGUGUGGACGACUUUGAUACUGGGAUACACUCAGAACGGUCAGCCGGAGUUAGCUCUUCAUCUGUACGAGCAGAUGCUUGAGACGUGUGUACCGGAUUCCCAAUGCUUCGUUGCGGCACUCAAGGCGUGUGUUCUCCUCGCAACGAAAAACGAGCAGUCUUCAAAGGCUUUAUCUCUGGAGAAAGGCUCGUUUAUCGGCUCUCAAGCUGCGAAAGCUGGCUGUGAGUCCGAUGCGUUUGUGGGAGCCGCGCUGGUCGACUUGUACACAAGGUGUGGCAGCAUGGACAAUGCUCGGCACGUCUUCGACAAGCUGCACAGUCCCGGUGCGGUCUCCUGGACGUCGAUGAUAGCCGGAUAUGCUCAGAAGGGACAGUGCGAGGUGGCUAUCCAGGAAUUCUAUCGGAUGCAACUGGAGGGCUGUUUACCAGUGACGCAGACUUACAUUGCGGCACUCAAGGCAUGCAGUGGCCAGGCAGCGAAGGAAGAAAGCAGGCGCGAAGAUGGAAGGCUUCUCAAAGUCCAGUCUUUGAAACGAACCAGGGCGGUACACUCCCAAGCUACAGCCACAGGAUUCGGCCUCGACGCUUACGUUGCAAGCACGCUGGUGGAUUCGUACUCGAAGUGUGGGAGCAUGUUCGAUGCGCACAGAGUCUGUGCCAGCACUGAGGACAGCGUGGUUGCUUGGACGGCUUUGGUCCUCGGCUACGUCCAAAACUUGGACAGUGAAGCGGCUCUGGAAGCGUUUGCAGAGAUGCGAUCCCGAGGCUGUCAACCGGACUCCCAGCUCCUGGGUGCCGUGCUCAAGGCCUGCAGCGACGUUGCAGCGGUGGAAGGCGGCAGAGAAGUCCAUGCCUUGGUUCUCAGGCGUGGAUUCGAGAGCAAUGCCGAGAUCACGAACGCUCUGGUGGACCUGUAUGGGAAGUCCGGAUUGAUGCUGGAGGCUCAGCACCUCUUCGACUCCAUCCCGGCAUGCAAAAGCAUCGAGACUUGGACGACGCUGAUGGGAGGAUACAGCCGGCUGGGAGACGCAAAUCGUGUCUUUGAUCUCCUUCACGCGAUCCAGGAGAGCGGAGUGAAGCCGGACGGGAUCACUUUCACGUAUGUGCUCGCGGCUUGCAGCCAUGCCGGGCUAGUCCGCCAGGGAACCGACUACUUCCGGCUCAUGGUUUCCAAGUACCGCGUGGAGGCCGAGCUGGAACACUACCACGGCAUGAUCGAUUUGCUUGGGCGAGCUAACCGAUUGGAGGAGGCUGUAGAGGUGGUGAGAUCGAUGCGGCUCCAGCCAACGGCAGUGACUUGGAUGACGCUGCUGAGCUCGUGCAAGAAGUGGAAGAACGUUUGCAUCGCGGAGCUCGCGUUUGGAUCGCUGCUGGAGCUCGACCAGAGGCACUCCGCGGCUCACGUCUUGAUGGGAAACAUCUAUGCGAGCGUGGGGAUGUGGGAAAAGAAGCACAAACUACUUCAUUCUAUAGUGGAAGCUGGUUUAGCUCAAGACGGCUAG